GGGCGUCAAGAGUUCCGUGCCUCUUUUUCGGCGACGCUGUGUUGUGCACGUAUAUCCAUACGUUCUACAUUGAUAAUUGAAUAGUUUACUAUUUUCGUGCAUUUUAUCAAUACACUCCAUAUUUUUAUAUUUAUACGUUAGUCAUUCGCGUUAAUCGAUGCAUAGAUUAAUUGAAGUUAACGGCUCUGUUACUUUAGAUUAAUGUUCCUUUGUAUAAUAGAAUAAAAUCAAGUCUACACUUAAUAUUUAAUCAUGGACGAAAAAGAAACAAAACUUAAUUUCGACAACAAGAUUAUUUUGGCUCCUAUGGUACGAGCGGGAACUUUGCCUAUGCGACUUCUUGCAUUAGAUUAUGGUGCCGACAUUGUAUAUACUGAAGAGUUAAUAGAUUUUAAAUUACUACGUUCAACUCGUCAGAUAAAUGAUGUUCUAGGAACAAUUGAUUAUAUUGACCAGACUGAUGGAACAAUAGUUUUUCGGACUUGUCUUCGGGAAAAAAACCAUGUUGUUUUACAGCUCGGAACAUCUGAUCCUGAAAGAGCUUUGAAAGUUGCCCAAAUUGUAGAAAAAGACGUGUCAGGCAUCGAUAUAAAUAUGGGAUGCCCUAAAAAAUUUUCGCUUGAAGGUGGAAUGGGUGCAGCUCUAUUGAACAAUGAACAAAAAGCAAAAAAUAUUUUGAAACGCUUAAUUGAUGGCGUUCAUAUACCUGUUACUUGUAAAAUACGUGUAUUCGACGACCUUCAAAAGACUUUAAACUUAUGCGAUACUCUUGAAUCUAGUGGAAUUUCAGCAAUUACUGUUCAUGGUCGUACAGUUCAUGAAAGACCACAGCACGCAAAUAGAAAUGAAAUGAUUCGAAUCAUUGCUCAACGCCUUUCGAUACCAGUAAUUGCGAAUGGUGGUUCUAAAGAAAUUGAAAAAUAUUCUGACAUAGAAAAAUUUAAAAAAGAAACAAAGUGUAGCAGUGUUAUGCUUGCUCGAGCUGCACAAUGGAAUUGCUCAAUUUUUCGAAAAGAAGGAUUGUUACCGAUUGACAUCGUCAUCAAAUCAUACCUUAAAUAUGCUAUUGAUUAUGACAAUUCGCCAUCUAAUACUAAAUAUUACGUACAAAAUGUCAUUCGAGAGUUACAGGAAACACCCUUAGGGAAAAAGUUUUUAAAAGCGCAAACUCUUGAGCAAAUCUGCGAAAUUUGGGACAUGGAUGACUAUUGUCGAUUGAAGUUCGACCAGUAUCAAGAAAAAGGUUUCCAUGGUCGUUUUCAAGUAGCACCUGUUAGAAUUGGUGUAAUCGUGAACGAAAAUUAUUCUACGAAAAAUUCGGAAUGUAAUAGUGAGGAUUUGAUAGUCCUGCGAUGUGCAUUUCUGAGAAGACGAUUUUCAUUCGACACUGAUUUACCCAAAACAAAGCUUUUGAAAUGGUUACGAGAAAACAAAAAAACUCAAAUCGUACCCGUUUAUCAUACAUGGUUUGAAGAUAAACUUUUUCGAUCAAUCGUCACUGUAGAUAAUAAAAGAUAUAGUUCUACAUUUUGGGAAAAGAAUAAAAAAAGAGCUGAACAAGGCGCAGCGUUAGUAUGUCUUUGUUCAUUAGGAGUCAUCGAUGAAGAAUCAUUAAAAAAAAAUGGAAGCUUACGAAAAUAAUUUAUCAACUUUUAGAUAAAUAUGUGAAUCUUUGGUCAUAUAAAUGUGUAUUGUAUGUUAAUAAAGUAUCCAGAAUUUCAUAACUUGAA